GCUCUUCUCUUGCGGCUACCACGCCCCAGCCUCGCGCUCAAAGUGUCACACUCGCUCGCCACCAUGGUCCCCGCUCCCACCAGCACCGGCAACGGCGCCGCCGCGUCGGGCUCGCGCCCGCUGCUCGACCCCAAGGACGCCGUCAAGGAGCUGGCGUCGUACGCCACGGGCGACGGCCUCAGCAUGGCCGAGCUCAUCGACAGCCGCGAGCACGGCGGCCUGACGUACAACGACUUCCUCGUGCUGCCCGGCUUCAUCGACUUCCAGGCGUCGGCCGUGUCGCUGCGCACGCGCAUCACGCGCAACGUCGUGCUCAACACGCCCUUCCUCAGCUCGCCGAUGGACACCGUCACCGAGACGGAGAUGGCCAUCGCGCUCGGCCUCAUGGGCGGCCUCGGCGUGAUCCACAACAACCUCACCGCCGAGGAGCAGGCGAGCAUGGUGCGCAAGGUCAAGAAGUACGAGAACGGCUUCAUCACCGAGCCGCUGUGCCUCAGCCCCAAGGAGACCGUCGGCGACGUGCUUGAGAUCAAGGCGCGCCUCGGCUUCGGCGGCAUCCCGAUCACUGACACCGGCGCUCUUGAGGGCAAGCUUGUCGGCAUCGUGACGGCGCGCGACGUGCAGUUCCGCGACCCGCAGAUCGCGCUGUCCGAGGUCAUGACGACGGAGCUCGUCACCGCCAAGCAGGGCGUCACGCUCGAGCAGGCCAACGCCAUCCUGCGCGACUCGAAGAAGGGCAAGCUGCCCAUCGUCGACACCGAGGGCCGCCUCGUGAGCCUGCUGGCGCGCUCGGACCUGCUCAAGAACCAGAACUACCCGCUCGCCUCGAAGCUGCCCGAGAGCAAGCAGCUCUACUGCGCUGCCGCCGUGGGCACGCGGCCCUCGGACCGCGAGCGCCUGGCGCUGCUCGUCGAGGCCGGCCUCGACGUCGUCGUGCUCGACUCGUCGCAGGGCAACAGCACGUUCCAGGUCGAGAUGAUCCAGUGGAUCAAGCAGACCUACCCGCGCCUGGACGUCAUUGCUGGCAACGUCGUCACGCGCGAGCAGGCCGCCACGCUCAUUGCCGCCGGCGCCGAUGCGCUGCGCGUCGGCAUGGGCAGCGGCUCCAUCUGCAUCACGCAGGAGGUCAUGGCCGUCGGGCGGCCGCAGGGCACGGCCGUGCACGCCGUCGCUGAGUUCGCCAAGCGCUUCGGCGUGCCCGUCAUCGCCGACGGCGGCAUCAGCAACGUCGGCCACAUCGCCAAGGCCCUGGCGCUCGGCGCCUCGGCCAUCAUGGCCGGCGGCCUCUUCGCCGGCACGACGGAGGCGCCCGGCGACUACGUGUACCGCGACGGCCAGCGCUUCAAGGCCUACUCGGGCAUGGGCAGCCUUACGUCGAUGGCGCGCAAGACGAACAAGCUUGCCGGCGAGAACGCGGCGACGCAGCGCUACUUCAGCGAGGACGACACGAUCAAGGUUGCCCAGGGCGUUACGGGCCAGGUCAACGACAAGGGCAGCGUCCUGCGCUUCAUCAACUACCUGUACACGGGCAUGCAGCACUCGCUGCAGGACAUGGGCGUGCGCGACCUCGCUGCGCUGCGCACCGCCGUCGACGCCGGCGCCGUGCGCUUCGAGCUGCGCACCGCCUCGGCACAGCUCGAGGGCGGCGUGCAUGGCCUCUCGUCGUACGACAAGACUCUCUUCGGCUCGUAG